AUGGCACGCCCUUCGGUGUAGCGGCAGACGAGAGACCAAAAGUUGUCAGUGGAUUUCAUUCACCGCCAUUAUCAUAAUUUGCCGUCAUGCCGAUGUUCGUUGUAAAUACAAAUGUCAGCAAAGAUGCUGUGCCUGAAGCUUUCAUCUCCGAAGUCACAAAGGAGCUUGCAAAAGCAAUGGGGAAGCCGGCCCAGUACAUUGCCAUUCAAGUUGCAUCGGACCAGCUAAUGAUGUUUGGAGGGAAGCCAGAUCCAUGUGCUCUUUGCUCACUGCACAGUAUUGGAAAGAUUAGUGGACAACAGAAGCAAUAUUCCAAACUUCUUUGUGGGAUGCUUCAGAAACACCUUAACAUUUCUACAGACAGGAUCUACAUUAAUUUCGUUGACAUGCCUGCAGAAAAUGUGGGAUGGAACAACUCCACCUUUGGUUGAAGUUUUACUUGUUAAGCCUGUCACAGAAAUCAAAAGGGUAACUUCUGCUGUGUGUGUAAAAUGCACAAAUUAUUCAAUCACUACUAAGUUCAAUAAAAUUACAUUGCUGUAACUA